AUGAUUGGCCUGGGCGAAUCGAUGGAAGCCCAGGGACUUGAGCAUAUUCCCGGCUUCAACAGCGGCAAGCUCCUGGGAUACGGCGCUAUUACCUCGGCCGUGGACCCGAAGACGGCCACUCGAAGCUCCUCCGAGACGUCGUUCUUGCAGGCCGGCGCGGAGAAAUCCGGUUUCAAGAUCUAUCCCAAUGCCAUGGCCAAGCGCAUCCUGUUCGAUGACGACAAGAAGGCGACGGGUGUUGUGGUGGAGGGCAACUCCAAAAUUCACACCGUGCAGUGGACUCUCUCAGCCAGGAAAGAAGUCAUUCUCACGGCUGGUGUGUGGCGCUCACCCCAACUUCUCAUGGUUUCCGGCGUUGGUCCUUCCGAGACCCUUUCCCAGCAUGGGAUUGAUGUCGUUGCCGAUGUGCCUGGUGUUGGACAAAAUCAAUGGGAUCAACCCUUCCAGGCUCACAUCUUCAAGGUUAAUGUGGAGACUAACUCGCAGAUCGUUGCCCAUAACCCCGAGGUUCUCGCAGCAGUCGCAGAAGAGUACCUUUCUAACCAGUCCGGUCCCCUCUCCUCCAUUGGUGCUACUCAGGCUGUCGGUUACGAGAAGAUUCCCUCGGACGUCCGCAACCGAUUUCUCAGCAAUGCCACCCAAGAGCUAUUGGACAGCUACCCAUCUGACUGGCCUGAUAUCAACUUCCUCGGCCUGGAGAGCUCCGCAGUUCCCGAGGAAAUCGGCCCAAAUGAAUACUACCUCCUGAUCGGCUCUACCCUGUAUUCGACCGCGGCCCGCGGCAACGUAACCAUCAAGAGCGCCGACACCCUCGACGCCCCCAUCAUCAACCCCAACUGGCUCGGAGAUGAGCGUGAUCUCGAAAUGGCUGUGGCAGCCUUCACGCGCCUCCGUGAGAUUGCAUUGAACAGCACCAUUGUCGAGUCGGCCUGGAGCCCCGGCCCAGAAGUCAAGACAAAGGAGGAUAUCAUCAACUGGAUUAAGAACAACAUGAGCCUCACCUACCACGGCGCCUGCACCAACAGAAUGGGUGCCGCUGACGAUGCAACCGCUGUGAUAGAUACUAGAGGACGGGUAAGGGGUGUAAAGGGACUGCGCGUUGCUGAUGCGAGUGGAUUUGCUAUCCUGCCGCCCGGCUACCCCAUGGCCACCACCUACAUGUUUGCGGAGAAGAUUGCUGAUGCGAUCCUGAACGACAACUAA